GUUCAAGAUGGCGGAGGAGGGGCUUCCGGUCGGGCUGCCUCAUGGCCAAGACGGUGGUCAAGGCCAUGGCGGCCGGGGCUCUGGGGACGGCACCGACGCCCCGCCCUCGCCGCCGCCGGUUUCGGGAGGGAACGGGCGGGAAGGGGAGGCGGAGGUGGAGGCGGUGGCGGCGGGCUGGAUGUUGGACUUCAUGUGCCUCAGCCUGUGCCGUGCCUUCCGCCAUGGCCGCCUGCAAGACUUCGAGCGCAGCCGUGACACCGCCGAGGCUAUUAUCCACGGACUGUCCAAGUUAUCAUCCCAUCAGCGGAGAACUAUAUACAUAUGUCAGUUUUUGACACGAAUUGCCGAAGGAAAGACACUGGACGCUCAGUUUGAAAGUGACGAGCGAAUCACGCCGUUGGAAUCAGCCCUGUCGAUUUGGUAUUCGGUUGGAAACGAUCAGGUCCUGUCGGACAAACUUUCUGAAGAAAUCCGGGAUUUAAUUAAAAUUCAGGCUGUAGCCGUUUGCCUGGAGAAAGGCAACGUCAAGGAGGCCGAAGAAGUUCUCGAAAGAGUCUUUAGCGAAAGCAACCCGAACUCGCCCGACCCUGGCGUGGAAGACAACGGUCAUUCCAAGAAUUCGUCUUUUAAACUGAAGCUGCUCACGAUCAUCAGUCGGAAAGAGCCCUACCACCCAUUCCUUCAGCACUUCAGCUACCCCUGCAUGAUGGAGAAAAUCAAGUCUUUCGUCGACCUGAUUAUCCACGAGAAGGCGUCGGGCUUUCUCGCCAGGGAAGCCACAAAAGUAGUAGACAGUCAGAGAGCCCAAGUGCAGCCUGAUGGUGAUGAAAUUACAGUAUUCAGUGAAAAUAAUGUGGGAACAGAAGAAAGUAACAAUCUGAAGGAACCUCCAGUUACCGAAUCUCCGGAAGAGAAAUCCUUGUCCUUAGGGAGGUCUUGUCGGAAUCUCUUGUUUUUAUCACAAGGCAGAUUUGGUAGCCCCCAGCAGCAGGACGAGAAUGAGAAGAGGAUUGGAAGGACCGAAGCUUUCCGCUGCAGACAAUACGAGAACCCCUCGGGUAAAAGGAAAAACAGGAAAAGCUCCGUGUUUGCCAAGAAGAGUAAAAAAGCAGCCUCGCCUGAGAAAUUCCGCGCCCGGAAAAAACAAAUGUGGAGCUGGGAAGAAGACAUGCAGCUGAAAUCCGGCGUGAGGAAAUACGGCGAAGGGAACUGGACGAAGAUCCUCUUUCACUACCAGUUCAACAACCGGACCAACGUCAUGUUGAAAGACCGCUGGAGGACUCUGAAGAAGCUGGAUCUCGUUAACCUGGAAUCCGAACCGAUGAACUGAGCGCGGCGAUGGUGGAAAAACACGUCGGUCGGCUCGGCGGAACGAGAGGAAGUCAGCCCGACGGGUUGGUUUUCCGUUUCGUAGCCGACGCUGCUUAGGGAAACAGUAUUUUAAAGCGAUAAUAGCUUUUUUCCGCGGGGCCGACAGCUUUAUCUUUGGCGAGGGCAGCCGAACCCAGGAUCGUUUUCCUCGGUGUCUUCGAAGUUGCUACUUUGAACGGUGCAGCCGGCGGGAAAGGUCGUUCCGAGACGUAACUCCUGCAUUUAACGCCGAACUGGGUUAAUGGUAUUUAUAUGGAUCGCUCGCCCGCUCUGCCGGAACGGUGGGGGGAAAAGUCGGAGCGAUCCGACGGCGGCCUUCUAGCCGGGCGGGGAUGGGUGACGAAAGAUUUGGACUGUGUUGUCUGUCUGGUCAGACAGACUGGUUUUCGACCUUGAGUGCUUGCGUUACUCUCUACAGGAGAGGAUUGAAAGGAGACAGGUCAGUUAGAAAGGCUAAACCUCUACCUAUUUAAACGGAGAAGACUUCCCAUUCGGGGCCGCUCGGGUGUGUUUUAUUCUGUGCCAGCACUCGCAGCUUUAGCCAAGACGACUUCAGGCAGUACGUCGGCACAUUUGGCCGAGUUUAGCAACGCGUAAAGAUAAACGGUAAACUCCGCAUCGAUUCUCCGUGUCCGAGCCGCCUCGUCGGGCGCUUCGGACGCCCCGCGGAGAUCUGGCCCUGAAUCCGGUUUUUCCAUCUUCCUCCGCUGGUAAUGGGUCAGGACGGGUCACGGAGCCUCGCUGCCCCUUUUCGAUCUGUCGCCAGCAUCUCAUUCUUGAGAGAGUUCGGUCCGAGCGGCACGUAGGUCUGCCAGCAAGCGUGAUUGCACGUAAUUAGUUUGUCUAGCUCAGCUUUUUUGUCCUAAAAGUUAGCAAACUAGGAAAAGUUAGCAUCUAGGCUCACCUUUAUGAAGUCGAAACAUAUGAUCUCACUUGUAGUUUGAAGUUUGUCCAGGAGAGCCUUUGUUAGAAGAACUGUAGAGGCAUUAUAUGUGUAUUCGUUUCCGUUUUCAUUAAAGAUUUCACUCCAGGA